GGCGCAGUAAGUGUGAGGGAGGCAGUAGAGCAGUAUGGCGGCGCUGUUAAGGGGCUCUCGCAGUCUGUUGGGAAAGUGGUGUCACCAUGUCUCCUCGGUGCAGGUCUCCAGAUCCAUGGCUUCGAAAACCCAGGUGGGCUUCGUUGGUCUGGGGAGUAUGGGAAACCCGAUGGCCAAGAACCUGAUCAAACACGGCUACCCUGUGAUUGCUACGGAUGUCUUCCCUGAGGCUUGUAAAGAGCUACAGGAACUGGGUGCUCAAAUCUUGGACACGCCUGCAGAUGUGGCAGACAAGGCAGACCGCAUCAUCACAAUGCUGCCAUCCAGUCCUAAUGUUAUUGAUGUGUAUGCAGGCCCAGAUGGCAUUCUGAAGAAGGUGAAGAAAGGCUCUCUGCUCAUCGACUCCAGUACCAUUGAUCCUGCUGUAUCCAAGGAAAUGGCUGUUGCUGCUGAGAAAAUGGGUGCUGUUUUUAUGGAUGCUCCAGUAUCUGGAGGUGUUGGAGCUGCCACUUCUGGUAAGCUGACCUUCAUGGUAGGAGGAGCAGAGGAGGAAUUCACAGCAGCCAAGGAGUUACUAAGCUGUAUGGGAGCCAAUGUGGUGUACUGCGGUCAGGUUGGCACAGGACAGGCUGCCAAGAUCUGUAACAACAUGUUGUUGGCAAUAGGAAUGAUUGGCACUGCUGAGACCUUGAACUUGGGCAUCAGGCUGGGGCUGGAUCCCAAGCUGCUGACAGAAAUACUCAACAUGAGCUCAGGCCGCUGCUGGUCUAGUGACACCUAUAAUCCUGUUCCAGGAGUGAUGGAGGGAGUGCCCUCAGCCAACAACUACCAAGGGGGGUUUGCAACUACACUAAUGACUAAGGAUCUGGGACUCGCACAGAACACAGCGACAAACACGAAGAGUCCGGUUCUCCUGGGUUCACUGGCUCAUCAAGUCUAUCGUAUGAUGUGUGCACGCGGUUAUGCCAGCAAGGACUUCUCCUCUGUCUUCCAGUUCCUGCGUGAGGAGUUGGGCCAGUAGGGGCUGACACUCCCUUAGUGUGCCUGUAACCCUACUCUUUUGCCUUAUCAAGACCUGUUGCGAGUAAUGUUUGCACAUCGUGUAAACCUGUGUGUGAUCAAGGACUUCAAGUCUAUGAAGUCAAAUGAAUAGAAUUAGGGGACGUGAAUGUGUAAGUUUAAGAGAUUCUUUCCAAAAAAAUUUCGGUCCUUGUUUUUGGAAUCCUGUUACCUGUUUAGGCCUGCCUUGUACAAACCAUGUUCCCAUGUUUAACUCUUGACACUGUGAAUCUGAGGCAGUACUUGCUUUUGUUGUUUAUCAGAUUCUGUGGCGUUGUGUCCUGUAGACUGACGUUGGAAUUGCUCUUAUGUUUUCAGCUGAAGGAACUGGUAGCAGCUCCAAUGAAGAAGUGACACGUUUAGACUCUACUAAAUAUAAACGCUCCUUUGCUCGAGCUAUCAGAGACACAGCAAACCUUAGCUUACAAUUCUGUAGCACUUUUUACUUUUCUGUUUUCAUGGGUAAUUUUUUUUUUUUCCUUUUUUCCCCUAGUUUUAUUUUCACAGCUAUUGCUGUCAUGUCUAACAGAUUUGCAAUGGUGUGUACAGGUCAUAAAUCUUAUGUCUGUACUCUGAAAUUAAAGCAAGAAAAAAAAACUGACACUGAAAGCUGGUUUCCUCGAGGUGAUGCAUAAAUUCCUGACUAACGCAUUCACUAAUGAACUCCAAAUGAUCAUUUUCUCAUGGUUUUUAUGAUUCCUGACGCCUGGUCCAUGUUCUCAUUGGCAGUGCCAUGCUGGGAAACUGAAGACGUGGAUCAGGGUGCUUUAACGCAGUGUUUUUCUCUUCUCUUCAGUGUGGCUUGUCGAGGCAGGUGAGAAACGCAGCAAUCGGGGUGCUGACAAAAACUACGCUCCAAGAGCAUCUGGUUCUAGGCGAACUCUAGUGGAUUUAAUUGCACUGAGAAAGCGAUUCGACUCUGAAUCGACUUCAAUCGACGCAACUAAUGGAAAUGAACCAAUACCAUGUUUUAUGGGUUGGGUACCAAAGGGCUGGGCGCAAAUGUGAUGUGUUUUGGAUAUUUGGACCUAAUAACGAAACGAAAAGAAAAGCUGCACAAAAAGUUUUAUAAAAAGUGUUAUAAAAUGUAUCCUAUAUUUACUGAAUCAUCUAUUUAGUGCUGGUUGUCUGUGUUCAGUAAUUUUGUGAUUUUUGUGCACAUAGAGAGGACCCCCCCCCCCCCCCCCCCAUCUCUGUAUUUCAGACCAGUUAAUGAAAACAUUUUACGACUCGCUUUAUGUCCAUAAUCCAAAGUUAUUUUGAUUCCCCCCCCUCCCUUUUAAAAAAAACAUUGCUUGGUUUAAUUUUGUGCAGUGUGAAACCGAACCCAACACCUCAAUUUCGUUUAAUUCGGAUCAGUCAAAUCAAAAACAUGAGUGCUUUCACAUGAUAUGGCCUGUAAUGGUGCUGUCUGACAAUCUGGAAAUUAAGGCAGGUCAUGAUCGCAGUCCUGCGAUCGAAAAUAUGGGAACAUCGAGGCAAUGCAAAAAUAAGAAACAAUUAUCAAGUCACUUAUGUUUAAAGCUGCUAAUAAACACUGGUUAUUUUACAUGUCCUCUUCACGGUCCCUAUGAUGAUCUUGAAUAAGCCUGAAUAUCAAAGCCUAUGAGUAGCCUGAGACUUGGGGUUCGAAGUGGCAGAUAAACAGGUCUACAUCUUUCCCUCUGUAACACCAUGUUGGGGAAUCUGGAGAAGAUUAAAAUGACUAAACUGUAA